AUUCCAUUUUUUAAUGAACAAAAUGGUAGCCACCUUCAAAACAAAUUACUAUUGACUCUAGACGACUAGUCAGACUAGUCUUUAAUUCUUUAUAGGGACUCCAACCAUUAGACGAAAAACAGUUUUAAAAAAGACUAUUCAAAAUAAAUUAAAGGUUGUUUUUUUUUAUUUUGAAUAUGCCUAUUCGUUAUAUUGGACGUGAUCCUUUUUUUAAAGGCAAGUCACUUUUUGAGAUUAGUCGUCAACUUCGAGACUUUGGUGUUGGGCGCAUAGUUUAUCAAACAAGUGAAGCAGACAAAUGGCCCAACCAGAAAACAUACUAUAGGUUAACUAAGGUUGUCCCAGACAUGACCUGCAAAGAAACAUUUUAUGGCACAGCCUGGGGACAGUUGGUGUUCCGCGGUAAAGAAAUGGGAGUGAAACAAAUAGACGUAGGUCAUCAGUUGGACUGGGUGCUUGUACCAAAACAUGAAGAAAAAGACUUCUGUCAGACAGAGGUGUAUGACAUUGACAUAAACUCUUUGCCAAAAACUAUUCCCUGCCCACCUUUGCUAGAGAUGGCCCUGAAACGGGACAUGAAAGCCAGCAAACAAAAUGUGCCUACAAAAAUUGAAAUUCCCUUUUACGCUGAGGAAUUUGCAAAUGCUAUUUCUAGGAGAUGGGAAGUGAAGUGAUUUUAUGAAUAUUAAAAACAUGUCUUUUUUUUUCA